AUGUUCUGGGGACCCACAGCCCGGAGUUGUCCCGGGGACCCCCACACCCCGGAGUUGUCCCGGGGACCCCUAGACCCCAAAAUAUCACUGUGGACCCCCAGACCGCGGAGUAUCACUGUGGACCGCCUUGCGUCCACCGUCUGCGUCACCUCAGCGGAUUACCGAGGAACUGUCCGUCCCUUCGUCAACUUCAACCCAAAAUCAGAUGCCGAGUUCCUGAACAAGGCUAUGAAAGGAAUAGGAACGGACGAGGAUGCGGUGCUGAUGCUGCUGACGGCUCGUAGCAACGGCCAGCGACAGGAGAUCAAAGAGGCCUAUAAGAAGAGCUACAAGAAGGACCUGGUGAGCCAUCUGAAGUCUGAGCUGGACGGUUUGUUUGAGAGUCUGAUCGUAGCGCUGAUGACCCCCCCGAUCCUCUACGAUGCCUCGCUGCUGAACAAGGCCCUCAAGGGUGCAGGGACGAACGAUGAGGUUCUGAUCGAGGUCCUGGCGUCGCGGAGCCCAGAGCGGCUGAAGGAAGUCAUCAAGACCUACAAGAAAGAGUUUGGCAGGAAGCUUGAGAAAGACAUCAUGAGCGACACGUCGGGCCACUACGAAAGAUUCCUGCUAGUCCUCCUUCAGGGGAACAGGGAAGAAGGGGUUAACGAGGGAAAGAUUGAGAAAGACGCCAAGGACCUGUUUGAGGCAGGAGCCUCCAAGGUUGGAACAGAUGAAGAGGUGUUCAUCUCCAUCCUGGGCAAGAGGAGUCAUGAACACCUGAGACUGGUGUUCGCUGCCUAUAAGAAGCUGGCCGGGACUGACAUCGAGGAGAGUAUCAAGAGCGAGACCACCGGUAACCUGGAGAACCUCAUGGUGGCCAUCGUGAAGUGCGUUCGAAGUGUUCCCGCCUAUUUCGCUGUGUCGCUUUAUGGAUCCAUGAGGCGUGCGGGGACGGACGACGGGACCCUGAUCCGGGUCAUGGUGUCCCGGAGCGAGGUGGACAUGUUGGACAUCAGAGAGGUCUUCUGCCAAACCUACAAAGUGUCGCUGUACAACACCAUCCAGGAGGACACCAAGGGGGACUAUGGGAAGGCUCUCCUCUACCUCUGCGGCGGGAACGACCGCGCCAGAGACUUCUGAUGAUGCCCCCUCUGGGAACUGGACCUGGGCCGGGACUGGGACCUGGACCGGGACCACCUCCUCAUCGACCCCCGUCUGUUGUCGUGGACGUCAGCCAUCGCCGGGAGU